AUGCUUCCCUCGCCCUCGUUGCUUGUAGUAGGCCGAAGCCUUCGCACCAGAGUCGGUGCGAACACGAAUGAGCGUCUCCUCGCCGCCGAGCGAGAUGAGCCAGCCACCACCUCUGCGCGACCUCCGCCGUCCGGGAUGGACCUCUCGUACAUUACGGCCAAGAUGCCCGACCUCCUCCCAACGUACCAGACGGAGAGCGCAGUGUGGUCUGCAAGGACGUUCCGGUCGGCCUGGAGCACGCUACACAAGGCGUACGCAUCCUUCCUCAAGACGGACCCUGCACGCGCAGCAGAGCUACGGGCGAAAGACUGGAAGGGCCUCGCGCUGUACAACUCGUACGCGGAGACGCUGCACCUCAUGUCGUUCCUCUUCCCCGCUCUGCGGACAGCCAUCACGCAGCACCCGUCCUUUGAUUACACCCAAGUGGAGGAGUUGUUUGUGCACUUGGGCCAAGACGUCGAGGUUCGCGGCAGUGGCGGGUGGGUCAUUCAGCUGCCGCCUCCCACGACAGCAGAGCUGCAAUACCUCAUGAAGCACAUUGGCCGCUUUGGCGCUGACGGCCGCGGCUGUGUGGCGAAUACAGCGCACCGCGCUUCGGUCUGGCGUGGCCGUCAUGGCGAGGCGCUCGGUGUGACACUACGUGUUGGUCGCUACGUUCCAGGUGCGGCCCGGGCACUUCUGCCUCUCGCACGGCGCGGCAGUCUGCUCAUUUUGUCCAAGGCGGGUAUGGGCAAGACUACUCUCUUGCGUGACCUCGCCGCCGGGCUGGCGCAGGAUCCGCUAACACCGCGCGUUACGGUCGUCGACACCUCCAACGAAAUUGGUGGCGACGGUCCUAUACCCCUGCCCUACCUCGGUCGAUGCCGUCGCAUUCAGGUUCCCCGACGCGAGGACCAGAGCCGCGUAAUGAUUGAAGUCAUCCAGAAUCACACACCCGAUUAUCUCAUUGUGGACGAAAUCGCGACGGAAGAGGAGGCGGAGGCGGCCUGGUCCAUCUCGCAACGCGGCGUUCAUAUGAUCGGCACGUGUCACGGGGAGCACCUUGAGGGACUUCUGCAGAACCGCGCGUUGAAUCUCCUCGUUGGUGGCGCCGCACAGGCGUUCCUGAGCAACGAGGAGCGGCGUCUGCGCAACAAAACAAAGAAAACGGUGCUGGAGAGGCCGUACAACUCGCCAUUUUCCUUUGUUGUUGAGCUGCAUGCGCGGAACCGAGCCCACCUCUACGUGGAUGUGAAUAAGGCAGUAGAUCUGGCGCUCGACGAGCAGUCCGCGAAGUUGAAUGCUGCCAUCGGCGCAGCAGUCGAGCUCAGUGAGCUUCUUCCGAGCCGCGUCGAGAGGUUGCUACUGUUGCAAGAUGAGAAGACGCGGAAGCUCAAAGGUGCUUCAGACUCGACCGAACACGACGCCGAUCUUGGCGAGGACAAGGAUGACGCGACGGCCUUGUCGAGUGCGUCUCAGCACACAAUGGACGAGGAAGGCUACACGUUUCUGGCUGACAACGACUCCGGUCCACAGGGAAACUGCAGCGCUGUCCACUCGACGUUUGCAGCGCCCAACCAUGCAAGUGGCCGCUGCACACAAAGGCGAGCCGAAAAGCAACGACGACCAUGCAAGACGGACGCGGACCUCUGGAGGGAGCUGAAGGGCUUUUUUUGA